CUUUCAUAAGGCCGCUUUUUUUCAUCCAAACGUCACCUAAUAUCCUCCUUUUUUUACGAGAUAAUUUCAGUCCCGGAAUUCUGCUUUUUCCUUUCAUCUAGUAUAUCAGCAACAAUCCACAUUAUUUUCUAAAAUGGAGUACCACUUCGUUCCUCCGGAGGAGCGCGCCAGAGACGAGAAGGGUAACCUCCUACCCUGGGGCUACGUUUACAAAGAUGAAUCUCGCAACCCUCGUCGACCCCCCGAAGAAUCUGGCCCAUUUGGCAAGCGCAGAAACGCCCGCUAUGAACACACCCGAUCUCGCACACGCACCGGCACACCAGCAGCAAAGCGCGAAAACCCCAAUGUAGCAGAAUUCGGGCGUCUAUUCGCCCAACAACAAGAAGAGGAGAAAGCGCGCAGCAACACCCUUCCCAAGUCAUCCUCCGCUUCCAACCUCGACAACGCCCGGAAGCAGCAGACAGAGAAGGUCGCAACCGAGUGCAUACUAUACGGUUACAAGAGCAAGGACUUCGAAUGGAAAGUGAUCGACAAGUACGAGCGGAUCUCUCGCGGGUUCAUCUGUGAGGACUAUCCGCGGACCGACCCCAAUGCUUUGAACGGGUAUUCGCAGCUCCUGAGCGGCGGUGAUGUGGUCAUCCGGGCGAACCUAUCAGCGGACGCGAAUCGCAAAUCGAAGCGCUAUGCGGGCGGAUUUCACUGGAUUAAAGUCACGUUUGAUUCGACGACAGCGGCCGAUCGCGCGUGCUUCUACUCUCCGCAGGAAAUCGAUGGCCAUUUGGUCUUUUGUGAGCUGUAUCAUGGCCAGGGACCUGCGGAGGAUGCCCCUAUCGUACAAGGAUCCAUGGAGGCGACUCGUCUCCAGUCAAAGGCGGCGCCUCGCACUUUGACUUCGUCGCAUUCGACGAGUUUCCUCCAACCGAAGGACACAGCCACCAAGGAACGCCAUACGCUGCCGAGAUCUUUCGCCUCGAAUAACCUGUCCAGUAUCCUCGAUGCCCAUGAAGAGGAGUCGCAGGAAUCAUCAUCAACCCCCACCGCUAGCUCCGCAACAGCCACCGCCAUCGAGCAACCAGCACCCUUGCAGCAGCGCACAGUCGUAAAGGAGCCCAAGCCCGAAUCAGACUUCAUGACGCAUAUCCCGACGGUGCGUCGGACGAAGCUCCGUCCCAUUACAGAAGCCCUUCCACCUCAGCCUACAGUCACAGAGCGAGUGCUGCGCUCCAUCCCUAUUCUCAGCUGGUUCACGGGUGAUAUCGUAGGCGAUGGACCUCAGCUCCGCGAAGACGGGGCAUUCGAUUUCGACAAGUCGAACACCUACUGGAAAUUCUGGUACAUGGUCGAUAGAGUCCUGGGGACAGAUAUCUGCGGACUGAAGGAGGAGUCAUGACAUCUCAUAUCUAUCCCUUUCACUCCUAUUUGCUAUAUAUCAAUGGAACAAAGACUCCUUGAGAAGAGCAGGGGGAAAAAAACGAGGACAAGAGAAAAAUCGACCACACGCGUCGAUUGAACCCAAGUCCAGUCCCGUGGAACCAGACGGUGCCCUCGUUUUCUCUCCUAGCAGAUACCCUGAUGCAUGUACGAUAGUGCUUUGCUUCUUUUCCGUGUUUGUCAACGAUGAUGCUUGAUUGUUGACAGUUUUCCUUUAACGAAGAGUGUGGUUUGUGGCGCUGCAUUGUCAGCUUGUGUCUUUUUAUUCUUUCGAACUUUUUAUUUUGCAUAUUAAGUGUCUGGCGCUGGGUAUACGGUCAUUCAUUUCAUUGUUGGGCUGCAUAGAGAUGCGAUGGAG